CGCACAUCAGUACACCCGGUUUUUCUCGGUCGCUCCGACGCUCAGCUGCUCCCCGCGUCGCACCGACCCGGGCCUAGAGCCAAGACAUCGGACGUCGACCCGGAACUGACUCACCUUGUCCCUGCGCAAUCCACCACCUCACGCCACAAACCUAUCUCGGCAAGAUGAGUCUCGCGACCGCAGCGCCCGCCCAGGGCAGUACCACAAUUCCCACACUGGCCGAGCCAUCGACUACACAGCAAGACGAGAUCCGCGCCAAGGUCCAACGCGAGAUCGACGAGAAGCGCCGGGAGCUUCAGACCCGCGAGUCGGAACUGCUAGCCCGCAGGCAGGCGCUCAACACCACCGAAGGUGAAGAUAAGAAAAAGAAGAAGCGCAGCCUUUUCGGCUUCGGGAAGAAAAAGACGGAGCCCGCCCAGCCCGCUUCCACCAGCAAACCGGCCACUACCCGUACCACGGCCGCCUCCCCCAUCCAAACCGACCGCGCCCGAUUCUCCCCUUCCUCACCAGGCCGCGCGGGAUUCGCCUCCUCCCCACGCCUCGCCUCGCCCGCCGGCAGCCAGAUUUUCGAGCGCAACGUCCAAGAAAGCAGCGUCUCCCUGAUGCCCAGCUCCCCCGCCAUCCCCUCGCAUAUCCAAACCGAGAACUACAUCCCCCCGGUCCUCGAUGCCUCUUCCGAAGCCAUCACCGACGACCAUCUCAACCCGGACACCGUCGAGAUCAUUACCCACACCUCCCAUCAGCCCGCCUCGGUGACCGUGACCGGCCUAAACCCGUACGGCGAUGCCUCCUGGGCCGACGAGCUCGCCGCCUUCUCCUCCGGCACCACCACUACCGCCGCUGACACUGCCUCCAACUACGGCAGCUUCGACACCACCGACGUCCGCCGCCUAUCCUUCAUCUCCUUCGCCGACGUCGUCCAAGCCGAGCACGGCGGCUUCUCCCCCGGCAGCCCCCCGCGCGACAGCAUGCACCUCGCGGGCUUGACCUCCUUCACCUCGAACAACAACACCAACACCCACAACCGCUCCCCGUCCCCCAUCCGCUCGCCCGUCUCCUCCGCCGGCGGCGGCGUCGGCCCCGGUGGCGCGAGCCCCCCGCUGAGCCAGAGCGGGUCGGUCAGGGGCGGGCUCGAGGCCGCCGCCAGGGCGAGGGCUUCGUCCCCCUCGGGCAAAUCCCUCGGCAGCCCCACCAGCAUGAUGAGCAUGUCGCUGUCGCCCGUCGCGUCGUCCACCACUGGCAACAACGGGGGCGAGAUCGCCAUCGAGACCAUGAGCCAGGCGCUGCGGAGGACUGGUAGCGGGGAUUUGAGCGUCGGGAAUGGCGUGCGCAGUUUCCCGACGAGUCCGAUCUGAGGAUUUGUUUUUGAUCGAUUACGGGGAGGGAGUGAGGAGAAGAUGGGGGGGGCGAGGGGGGAUGUGUUGUGGCGGCCGGCGGAGAGGUUGCGCGAUACCCAGCU